AUGAAUUUGUUACUUGGUGAAACCAUGACGGAUAUAAUACGAACGAGUGAUUGGCGCAGUAAUGCACUUCAAACGACACUUUCCCUAUCUCUGCGGAGUAUUCGAGAUCAUGGUGCACUCGCUUCCAUCAAAACCCGGAACAACCAAAUGAGGCUCCCUGUUAUACUUCAAACUUGGUGUCGACUCAUCACACCGAGUUUCCCACCUACCAGAAUCGUGCCAUUUUGCUUCACGGACGGCUGUUCUCGUCGACUCGAUAAUCGACUCCCUAACUCGUACCCCAAAGACUGCACCACCUGGGCUGGGAUGUGCAGAUUACACGAGAGAGGCCUGUUAGACCAGGCGUUGGGUAAGAUAUUCUUGGUGCACUUGCAUAAUCAGUGGCAUAAGAGUUCCCGAGAGGUGGACUGGUGGAGAGGCUUUGUUGAAGAGAUAUGA